AUGGCCACCAUCCAGUCGGAGACUGACUGUUAUGACAUGAUUGAGGUGCUGGGCAAGGGGACUUUUGGGGAGGUGGCCAAGGGCUGGCGGCGGAGUACGGGCGAGAUGGUGGCCAUCAAGAUCCUGAAGAAUGAUGCCUACCGGAGCCGCAUCAUCAAGAAUGAGCUGAAGCUGCUUCGGUGCAUGCGGGGCCUGGACCCUGAAGAGGCCCACGUUAUCCGCUUUCUGGAGUUCUUCCACGAUGCCCUCAAGUUCUACCUGGUCUUCGAAUUGCUCGAACAAAACCUCUUUGAGUUCCAGAAGGAGAACAACUUUGCACCUCUUCCUGCCCGCCAUAUCCGCACCGUCACCCUGCAGGUGCUCCGAGCCCUCGCCCGGCUCAAGGAACUGGCCAUCAUCCACGCCGACCUCAAGCCGGAGAACAUCAUGCUGGUGGACCAGACCCGAUGCCCCUUCAGGGUCAAGGUGAUCGACUUCGGCUCUGCCAGCAUCUUCAGCGAGGUGCGCUACGUGAAGGAACCCUACAUCCAGUCUCGCUUCUACAGGGCCCCCGAGAUUCUGCUGGGCCUGCCCUUCUGUGAGAAGGUGGAUGUGUGGUCGUUGGGCUGCGUCAUGGCCGAGCUGCACCUAGGCUGGCCCCUCUACCCGGGCAACAAUGAGUAUGACCAAGUGCGUUAUAUCUGUGAGACCCAGGGCCUGCCCAAGCCGCACCUGCUGCACGCCGCCCGCAAGGUCCACCAUUUCUUCAAGCGCAAUCCCCACCCAGAUCCCACCAAUCCCUGGCAGCUCAAGUCGUCGGCUGAUUACCUGGCAGAGACCAAGGUUCGCCCAUUAGAGCGCCGCAAGUACAUGCUGAAGUCUUUAGAUCAGAUGGAGACCGUGAAUGGCGGUGGGGCAAGCCGGCUGAGCUUCCAGGACCGCGAGGCGGUGGCCGAACUGGCUGACCUCAGGAGCAUGGUGGAGCUCAUCAAGCGCAUGCUCACGUGGGAGUCCCACGAGCGUAUCAGCCCCAGCGCGGCCCUGCGUCACCCCUUCGUGUCCAUGCAGCAGCUGCGCAGCGCCCACGAGACCACACGCUACUACCAGCUCUCCCUGCGCAGCUGCCGCCUGUCGCUGCAGGUGGAGGGCAAGGCCCCCCAGGCCAUGGUGGCCACCACUGAAGAUGGGGCCCCUUAUUACCGGCUGGCCGAGGAAGAGGAAGCAGUGGGCAUGGGCACUGGGCCCUUCUUCUGGGAUGAGAAGGCACCGGGCAUGCAGAGAGCCAUUGAUCAGCUGGAUGACCUGAGCCUCCAGGAGGCAGGGCAAGGUCUGUGGAGUGAGGCCCGGGCCGACACCGUCUCCGACAUGCUCACUCCGCUCAAAGCAGCCACUGCUGGCCGCAGAGUCCCCGACUCAGGUCCAGAGCCCAUUCUGGCCUUUUAUGGCAGUCGUCUGUCUGGUCGCCAUAAGGCCCGGAAGCCACCUAUGGGCUCCAAAUCCAACUCCAACUUCAGCAAUCUGAUCCGGCUGAGCCAGGCCUCCCCUGAGGAUGACGGGCCCUGCCGGGGCAAUGGCUGGGAAGAAGGAGAAGGCCGAGGGGCUUCCGUAGAACUGCCCACCAUCCCUCAGAGGGACGGGGAUGGGCCCAGCAUCAAGGACAUGACGAUGGAUGCUGAGAGGUCUGGCCCUGAGCUCUUUGAGCCCAACAGCUGUCCUGGAGAGUGGCUGAGCGAGCCGGAGUGGGCCUUGGAGAGCGUCCGGGGAUCACGGGCUCAGGGGCUCCCACCCCGGCACCCCCACCCCCACCCUCACGGGCCACCCCGGGCUACCAGUUUCCUGCAGCAUGUCGGUGGGCACCACUGAUGGUGUCACCCAGCUCUGCCCAUGACCGGGACUGCGCUAGCUGGGCUGGCAUUCCUCAACCUGAACUGCUCCACAGAGCCAUCCCCAGAGCCUACAAAUUAUUCUUUCACAAAAGAUAAUUAUACAGAACCAUCCCUUUCCCUUCCCCUCCCCGCCCAGUGCAUGCCUGCACCCCUCCCUCCCCAAACACUGAAGGCCUCUAGGGUCUGGCC